CAAAGUCAGACCCACUGCUGUUUUCACUCAGAUGUUUUCUCUAAAUUUGAGGUAGCACUUAUUAGAUUGCAAAGUUUUUUGGACCAAAGAUAUCAUAUUCAAGACCCUUCUUGUGGUGUGUUUUGUUAUCAAGCAAAACAGGGCCGUGAAAAUGAUGUCCAAGAAGCCAAGUUUUAGCCUUCUCUCUUAUAUGAGGUGGCCGGAGCCUGUGAGCACCAAGACCAGCAAGCCGGCACAGAAGAGAGCAGCAAAGGAGCCGGCCGUGCCCACGCCUCAGCACACCCGGAGCAAACCGGUGGGCAGCAGCGUGUCGCUCCCAAAUGUUGCUUUUGGAAGGAGUUACAGCUUCAGCAGCAGGAGGGGUGAGCUGGGGGUGUCGAGCUGCAAGGUGGGAGGGGGUCUGAAAAGAGAGUACCAGGGUGUCGGACCCCCACUAAAGCCAUCUAGACCACCUGCACGCCUCACUAGCUGCCACAGCUUCUCAUCUCUGCCCAACUCCUCCUUUCCUGCCGCACCCUUCAUGAGGACCAGCCGCUCGCUCAGCAGACUGGACCAACGCCACGCCAGAGACGAUUCUGGAUCACCAGCUCAUUUAAGAAGAAGACACCCACUGGAGAAGAAGUUUCUAAACUGUGGCCAUCUGUCGUCUUCGGAUGAGCGACUCAGGGACAAGAAAGAGCACAGCUGUGAUGAGAUGGCAGAAACCAGCAGCAUGUCGGGGAAAUCAUCGUCCUCGCCUUAUAGCCAUCAUUGCAGCAAAGUGAAGAAGCAGACUAAAGAUGGCGUCUACAACCUUUGCUCCAUGACCUCCGGCAUGAAACGCAACUGGGUUCAAGCGGUGCUGAAAAAUGUGAGAUCCAGUCCGACACGUGACAUCGCCAGCUCGCCGACCAGAGAGCGUGUGUGUGGUGAGGACUUACAAGAACUCGAAAUGAGCCCUGAAGAAUUCCCACCUCCACCGGAGGAAUUCGAGGAACUGAAGCCUCAGUUGGAUCGAGGCUCCACUCUGAGUUCUGAUUCUGCCUCCCCACUUUGCUCCAUCACCUCGUCCUCAGCCUCCCCGGCGACGUCUCCCACCAACUGCAGUCACCUACGCCUUCAGGAGGACACCGAAGAUGCUUCUUCCCACCAGGCGGCGAGAGACACAGAAACAGGAAGUGGAAGUCUCCCAUCCUUAAAUCUACUUCCUGUUAAGGAAUGCCCAGGUGACCAGCUGCAGGUGGACAAAGACUCCAGUUGUGAUGGUGUGGAGGGGGGCGACAAACUACCCUCUGGACAUCAGAUGGUGAAGGAGCUGACUGAAGAGCCCAAAGAACUCCAGAACGAUCACUCAUCAGAAGUGUCAGUUCAGGAGCUGCAGAAACUCAACCACGACCUUCACUGUGAGCUGGAGGCUCAACGGAAGAUCCAGGACCAAGCCAGGGAGUCUGAGCUACGGCGGCGGGUGGAGCUACUGGCUCAGCAGGCGCAGUUGCUGGUGUCAGGAGAUGCCGCGGCGCUGGCUCAGGUGCAGAUGGAGCAGGAGCAUCAGCGGUUUUCUGAGCAGCGAGUACAGUGGGAGCGAAGCUUAAGUUCCUUGAAGGCACAGCUUGGCAUCAGUGAAGAGCAGAGAAUGGAGGCUGAGGUUCUGUCUUCCAAACUGCAGGAGGAGUUACAGCGCCACGAUGAGGAGGCAACUGAACUGCGUGGUCAGCUUCAGGAGGUUCAGACUAAACUACAGGACAACGAGGAAGCACAGGCGGAGAAAGAGUUGCGUCUGCAGAAACAUCUCAUUCUCCUUCAGGCCAGUCAGGACAGAGAGAGGAAGAGACUGCUGGCGAACCUGUCGCAGGCGGAGCGGACGGCUGGAGAUCUUCAGGACCGUCUGGACCGAGCUGAGCAGCAGAUGGAGCGUCUAACCCACACCCAGACUCUCAGCAAAGAAAUCGAACAGGCUCAGCAGCAGCUUCAGGAGGAGCUUGGCUGCACCGUCUCUGCUGUGCAACGUCUCCGGAACGAAAAGGAGAAAGUCGACAGACGAUGUCAAGAGCUGCAGAGGCAGCUGAGGGACUCGGAAGAGGAGCUGAGGAAGGUGCGGGAGCGUUUGAAAACAGAGGAGACCCAGUACUACAACAUGGAACACUCGUACGAGACGGUCUCGGAGGAGCUGCAGCUUACUUUAGGAAAGGUGCAGCACAGGGAGGCUGAGACUCAGGAGAUGCGUGAAGGUUACGAGAGGCUCCUGGAUAGGAAGGACCAGGAGCUCAGCGAGGUUCUACUGAAGAUGGAGGUGCUGGGAAACAGUCUAGAGGAGACCGAGGUCAAACUUAAGAACGUGUUGAAGGCCUGCACCUGUGCUAAAGAGGCUUCACCUCAUGAUGAAGAUGAUGUGACUCACAUGAGCUUCACAGGUCCAGGUGACGACCCCCAGAGGUUCAUGGCUGUGAUCAAGUUCCUAGAAAGCAAGCUGUUCGUCACAGAAGAGAAGCUGAAGGACAUCACCCAGACACUGGAGCAGGAGACCUGCUCAGACCUGCAGAUCUAUUCGCAGCUGACUCAGAGUCGAGCAGCGGCUCAACAUCUGAGUCUGCUGCUCCACAGUCAGACCAGACAGAGCCAGCGCUUCGCUCAGGACACAGAGAGCCGCAGCAGGAUGCUCGUGGGGAGGUUCCAGGUGGCGCUGAAUAUUGUUCAAGCCUGCCGGGAGAAACUUCUGUCCAGCUACAACAGCACUGCUUUUAACGUAGCGGACUUCGAGAGGCAGCUGGCGACUGCUGUCGCCUGCUUGGUGCAGGGGGAGAAAGACGCAGCCAAGCAACAGCAGCAGUCCUUCCAAGCCAUCAGAGGGGACGAGAAAACCCUUCAGGAAGUGACAGAUGAGAAGAACCUCAGUGACUCGGACGUGAAGGCGACAGUUGGUUGGCGGUUGACUAAAGAAAAGGCAAUCGUGGAGGAGAUGUUGGCUGUUCUUGAGACGCAGAUCGGUUUUGGGGUUCAGCCACUAGCAUCUGUGAGUGACAUGACUCAGACAUGCAAGUCUUUAAUCUCGCAGCUAACAGCCUUGAAAAAGCAGAGGCACAGUGAGGUUGAAGUUUCAGAGCGAGCUAUUAGAAGAGCCUGUACUGAGGCUGAGCUGGUUUAUGCUACCUUCAAGCUCCAGCAGCAGUUUGGGACUCAGCAAGAGCCAGGGGAAUCAAACCACAAGGAGACCUCAACUGACAAAGACGGAGGAGCUGCGGUUGAAAAGUCUGGAGAUGAAGAUCCAGACUUGUUGAGGAGAAUUUUGACUGGGCUCAGGGGGCGGGCUAGUUUGCUACAGCGCCUCAGUGAGAAGCUGACAGAAGACAGCAGGUCUGAUAUGAACAUGUGCUCCGAGGACAUGGACGACAGCUGGAUGCUGGAGGAAGUGAAGUGGAUUUACUUGUCAAACAGGUUGUGCAUCGAUUUUGAGACGGAACUGAAGAACUCACAGGAGCAGCAGACAGCAUCACUGACACAUGAACGCGAGUCUCUCAACAGGACAGUUGGGGAGCUGAGUGAGGACAACAGAGCUCUGAGGGAACAACUGAAACAAGCCGAGCAAAAGAUUGCAUCAGGGGAGACGGGCAACCAGAAGCUGCAGGAGGAACUGAGGAAAAUCCAGGAUUACCAGGAGCACCGGACACACAUGCUGGAAGACGAGUUCCAGAAAAAGAUCAAAAUGCUGCAGCAGAUUCACGAAGAUGAGAUGAAACACUUUCACGAUUAUCACAUCAAGUGCUGCGUUUCCAAAGAGAGAACUGACAAGUACUGCAAAGAAGGUGCAAAUGAAAAUAAAUCCUCUUCCUCACCAGAGCGGAGCAAUGUCCAUCUUGAAGAUAUUAAGAGACUUGAGGAGAUGCACAGAAAACUGAUGGCUGACCUGCAGCAGCAGCACCAGCAGCAGGUGGAGGCUCUACAGAAGGAGAAAGAGCAACUUCUGAAGGAGGAGACGUCGGCCACGAUGGCAGCCAUGGUAGCAAUGAAGCGAGCGCACAAGGAGGAACUGGAGAAGAGCCGACGUUCACAGCACAUCAUGGAGAGCAACGACCUCUCACAAGUUCAGAUAGAAUAUGAGAAAGGGAUCGAGCUAUUGCACAAGGAGCUAGAGUUGCUUUCGCUGCAGCACACUCAGAAAUGCCUGGAGAACUCUCAGCUGUGCCAAGAGCUGCAGGACGAGAGGAGGUCCUUGAUGCAGUACCAGAAGGAGAACAAAGAACUCAAGAAGAAGCAGAGGGAGAAAACAGAACAGAUUCCUCGACAAUUCACUGUGAAUGGAAAGCAUGGAGGCUCCCAAGUGAACAGCUUCUAUGAGAUGGAGGUGAUUCUGAGGGCAAAGGAGGCAGAAAUGCAGUUCCUCAGGCAGGAGGCUCGGACUCUGAGGGACGAGUUGAAAAUAGCUCGGAAGGAUAAACUUUAUGCCCAAAACAAGCUCAAAGAGUUCUACUCAAAGUCUUUCAUUGACGCUCUUCGAGAUGGCUGUGAAGACUCUGAGGACAGUGCCACCUGGUCAGAUGGGAGAGAAACUUGCAUCAGCAGCUCUGAAGAAACUUUAACGGACACAAACAACGCCUCUCCGAUGAGGACGACAGACAAAGCUUCUCUAACGCGACUCAUCAGAGGAGGGCGAUCAAAGCAUUUAAACAAUGGCCUCUCCCCUCAAGAACGGAUGAAUUUGUUUGAGACGGAAUUCUGAUCUUUAUUUGUGUAUAUUUGUUAAAAUUAAGGAUCAAAUCUAUCUAUCUAUCUAUCUAUCUAUCUAUCUAUCUAUCUAUCUAUCUAUCUAUCUAUCUAUCUAUCAUGUAACUGGAAGAAGAGCAGCUGAGGAUUCCAUGUAAACUAUUGCUGCAGUUACACUAGAGUGCCGCGAGAGGGAGCCACAUAGUUUUCUAUAUAAAACGUCUUUAACAUAACAAUGCAGCAGUUAUCAUGUCAAACAUUGUGUGGUUGUGAUUUUGUGAAAUUAAUAAAUAAUAAAUUGAAAUAUUAUGUUGUUUACUCACUGUGCGUGUGAUUCAACUGCUUCAUGAGCCUUG